AUGGUGGAGACAGAGAUCUCAGAGUUCGGCCUCGGACCCCAGAUACAUCGCGAACAUACGAGUGCCUCGCGAGCUUCGAGGGGAAUCCAUAGGCACGAUGGCGGUUUAAGCCAUUUUGCGGAUCUGGUCCAGAGUAUCAGCAACCAGGAUGCAGAAGCUAGAUACAAAGCUGAAGAGGCAGACAACAGGUUACCGACCGAUGACUCGCCAGAACCGAGCCAAUUCCAAGGUGCUGAGGGAAAGACGAUAAUAUCGUGGGAACCUAACGACAAGGAAAACCCCUAUAAUUGGCCUAGAUGGCGGAAGAUCCUCAUUCUUGUAACGACAAUGACGACCGUUCUCAAUAGCACUAUGGGGAGUUCUUUACCAAGUAUGGCCAUCCCCUAUAUGAUGAAGGAAUGGGGAGUUACCUCUCAGACGCAGUCUAUCCUCCCGAUCUCCACUUUCUUGAUGGGUUACGUCUUCGGUCCAAUUAUCUGGGGCCCGCUUAGUGAACACAUAGGACGUCGGAUCCUCUCUACAGGGGCGUUUCUGAUGCUCAUGGUUUGGACCCUUGGCUGCGCGCUCGCCCCAAACUGGCCAGCGAUGCUUGUAUUCCGAUAUCUAGUUGGAGUGUGCGCUUCAGCGCCCAUCGCAGUCGUCACUGGACAACUCGCUGAUAUUUAUAAUGACUCGAUUGCCCGUGGUCGAGCUAUGUCUUGGUUCAUGGUUUUCACCAUCUUUGGUCCACUGUUAGCUCCAAUUAUCUCUGGUUUCUGCUCGACAAGCAUUGGGUGGCGAUGGACCUUCUGGAUUGGCUUGAUAUUUGCCGGCGCAACGUUAAUACUAGUUGCAUUUCUUCCCGAAACAUAUGCGCCAGUCCUUCUUACUCGCCGAGCAAGAAAGAUCCGUAAGGCAGAUCCCAAGGCCCAGGUUUACUCUGCUUUUGAGCUUGAACCUCACGACUUCAAACAGUUAGUCACUAGGGUUCUUACCCGACCCAUUCGCAUGAUCCUGACCGAACUCAUCGUGACUGCGACGUGUCUCUAUCUCUCGCUGGUUUAUGCAAUUUUUUACAUGAGUUUUCAAGCAUUCCCGAUUAUAUUCCAGGACGUCUAUGGCUUAUCCCCAGGAGUUACCGGUUUGUGUUAUCUUCCCAUUGGGUUUGGUGCAGUUCUUGCGCUGCCUAUCUUCUUUACUUAUGAUAAUAUUCUCCUUAACGCCCAAGCUCGUGGUGCACCAUGGUCCAAAAAGGAGGAGUUUCGCCGUGUUCCACUAGCAACUCUUGGUGGUCCAUUAUUUGUGAUAUCCUUAUUUUGGCUUGGCUGGUCGGCAAGGUCGGACGUGCCAUUUGUUGUUCCAAUGCUCGCUGGUAUUCCAUUUGGUGCAGGUUUCAUGUUGAUCUUCAUGGCGCUGCUUAACUAUAUCACAGAUGCUUAUGAGAUAUUCGCCGCGAGCGCCAACGCCGCUGCUAGUUCCUGCCGCUCUCUGUUCGCAGUCGCCCUCCCGUUUGCAACAAUUCCUAUGUUCGAUCGUCUUGGCAUUAGUGGGGCAUGCAGCUUGCUGGGUGGGUUAAGUCUAUGCAUGUGUGCGAUCCCUUUCAUAUUCAUCUGGAAGGGAGCGGCGAUUCGAGAAAGGUCCAAGUUCUGCAUCGCGCUCAAGGAGCAAAAGCGGGAGAUGGAACGAAAACGUGAGGAACAGCAAAGGAGAAGGGCCAGGGCUGCUGCUAGUAACGGUAUGCUUGAUGACAAAGAGACGGUUUAA